UUGCUUCGUCGAGAAGGGAAAAAAGCAAAGCAGCUUCGUUCUGCAAUCUCCAUUUUCACCACCAAAGCUCGAUGGAUCUAACGACGACGCGCCAGAGGCGUCCACUUCUCUCUGAUUCUUCUUCUUCUUCGUCUUCUACGAAAUCUUAUUCGAAGACCGAUAAGCCCGGCCGAUCUAGCGGCGGCGAUGCUGACGAUCCUGGUCUCCGGUGGUUCUUGCCGUUUAUGGCGCUAUGUUAUCUUCGUUACAUGAGCGCGACUUCUAACAUCAUUCAUGACUGCGAUGAAGUGUUCAAUUACUGGGAGCCUCUUCACUAUCUUCUCUACAAGUCGGGAUUUCAGACCUGGGAAUACAGUUCUAACUUUGCUCUUCGAUCGUACUUAUACAUUCUUUUCCAUGAACUGGUUGGACGGCCUGCUUCUUGGUGGUUUGGUGAUGAGAAGGUUAGAGUUUUCUAUGCAGUGAGACUUUUUCUCGGACUGGUUUCUGCAGUUUCAGACACUGUCCUGGUUGUUGCACUCUCCAGAAAGUACGGGAAGCGUCUUGCUACAUAUGCAGUUGCAAUGCUCUGCUUAACCAGUGGCUGCUUCUUUGCUAGCACCAGUUUCCUCCCCAGUUCAUUUUCAAUGUACGCCAUUAGCCUCUCAUCUGGUUUACUACUUUUCGAGAAGUAUGCCAUGGCUGUUGCAGUUUCAGUUGUCGGGGUGAUUCUUGGCUGGCCAUUCUCUAUCUUGGCAUUUUUACCUGUCGUUAUUUACUCUCUGGUUAAGAGAUUCAAGCAAGCAUUUAUCUCUGGCGCUGUCACCUCCAUUUUUAUCCUAGGACUCUCAAUACUUGUGGAUUACUAUUAUUACGAGAGGUGGACAUCGUCGGUUUUGAAUCUCUUGAUAUACAAUGUGUUAGGGGGUGGAGAGAGCCAUCUCUAUGGAACUGAAGGGCCAUUAUUUUAUAUAAGAAAUGGAUUUAACAACUUCAACUUCUGUUUCAUUUUGGCAAUAUUGUUUGUCGCAAUAUAUCCUGUUAUCAAAAGAAAGCAUGACCGUGACCUGCUGGUUGUGAUUUCACCGAUGUAUAUUUGGCUGGCGUUCAUGUCACUUCAGCCCCACAAAGAAGAAAGGUUCCUAUAUCCUAUAUACCCUCUUAUAUGUGUCUCUGCCUCUGCUGUUAUCGAGAACAUCCCUGAGCUUUUCCGGGAAAAGUAUAGCUCACGUGAAAGUCUUCUGGUGACAAUAACCAAAUAUCUCCGACCUGUGAUUCUUGGUAUUAUCUUGUGUGCUUCACAUUCUCGCACAUUUGCUCUGAUUAAUGGCUAUUCCGCUCCCUUAGAGGUCUACAAACUACUGGACCACCAGGAUGAUGCAGGACCAGGUUCUGUUCUAUGUGUGGGAAGUGAAUGGCAUCGAUACCCAUCAUCGUUUUUUGUGCCUGACUACAUUAGCGAAGUACGGUGGAUCGAUGAUGGAUUCCGUGGUCUUCUUCCAUUCCCAUUUAACAGUACACUUGGAGGCACUGCAGCAUCACCUCCAUACUUCAACAACAAGAACCAAGCGUCUGAAGAACAAUAUUUAAAGAACAUCGAAACUUGUACAUUCCUUGUUGAGUUGCAGCUUAGCAGACCGUAUGUAUAUCGAGGCAGCGACUUAUCUACAUGGGAGGCUAUCGCGGUGUUACCUUAUUUGGACAGAGAGCUAUCGCCAGCUAAGUAUAGAUCGUUCUUCAUACCGCACAUGUGGCAGGAUAAAAAUGUGUUUGGCAAAUACGUCGUACUUAGAAGAGUCCCAAAAUAACCACCACGAAUCCUUGAACUCUAAAAAACUUGUUUGUAGCUUUAACUCAGUUUAUUGGCCAGUUUUGAGCGAGAUGUAAGAACAAUUAUAACUGAUUAGUAUCGGCUUUUAACUUCACGUUCACUGUUCAAGUCGUAACCUUUGAGGUGCAAACGGUCGGAUGAACGUGAAAGAUUUUGUUUAUGAUACGUUUCAGUUCUGCAAAAUCCUAUCUUCUUCUUUUU